AUGUCUACUUCUACCCCAAACGCGCGUGGCCGUCGGUCACCACUUGGGGCCGCUACCCCGUCUGGGGAUACAACAUUGACCGGACUCCAACGACUUCCUAGCCAUACACGCUACCCUCUUACACCAAGUCGACUUGUUACCGCAGUCACCCCGGGCACCCAACGGUCCGCCUCUCGAUACACACCACGCGCUCGAGGAGUGGGUGCGCCAGCAACACCAUACGGACUCCGUGCCCGACAACAACGAGCAGCGAAUACCCCUGGUCGGGAUCGCCGACGAAGUGGCAGAAUGCAGCGGGAGACUACAUUUGAUAUUCUUCGGAACCUGGGCAGAGCACUCGCUCCUAUAUCUCAACCUAUCCACUCCUCGCCGCAGGAUAAGCCAGAGCCUAUAGAAGAGCCAAUUGAUGAAUUUGAACAGCUUGAUAAUGAGCCAGAAAUCGAGCGACCACGGUUAUCUCUGCCUAUUCAGGAGUCCGAGGAAGAAGGCGAAGAAGCGAGUCCUGAAAUCCAACCUCCGAGGAUGUCUCUCGCCUUCGCCGAAGAGGAUAUGGAUAUUACUUAUCAGUCUGUUGAAUACCCCCGCGACGCCAGUAUCAGAGACCGGGAUCGGCUAUCAAUGAUGAGCCGGGCUACCGGCAGAAUCAGUGGAGAUUUUGAUGAGACACGAUUAGAGAGCGAUGAUGCAGAUGAAACUGGUAUUGUGGGUGAGGAUGAUGAGGCAGAGGAUACAAUGAUCAGUGGGGGCGACUUUGAUAGAGGGGGAGAGACUGAAGACUUGGGCCGCUUCCAUUUUGACCUCAACUUUCCAUCUCCUGCGGCUGCUCCGCUUGAAGAUCCCACUGGCGAGGAUAUGAACGAUAUGGAGGAAUUCGAACUGUCCACCGCGGAGCCACCCCAAGCUCCAUCAGACGAUGAUGACGACGUUGGAGGUGAUUUCGGUUUCGGACUCGACUUCCCACCCGCAACAUCCCCCAGUGAGAGCCCUGGGAUUGUUGGAGGUGGGUUGCGAGAUGAAGCUAUUCCAGCCCAGGGCAAGCAAAAGAAGAUUUCACGACAUGGAAUUCCUGUCCCAAACUUGCCUGCAGGUGUGGUAAAAAAGCUAGCGACUCGCUUCGCGCGUUCGGGGGCUGGAUCAAAGGCAAAAAUCAACAAGGGCACGCUGGCCGCGAUCGAGCAGGCAUCCUCGUGGUACUUUGAGCAAGCAAGCCAAGAUUUGGCUGCAUAUUCAAAGCAUGCAGGACGGAAGACAAUUGAUGAGAGCGAUGUCACCACAUUGCUGAGAAGACAACGCCAUAUCAACAAUUCGACAACAGUGUUUUCCCUCGCCCAGAAGCAUUUACCCAAAGAACUUCAGCAAGACAUGAGAUUGGCCAUGCCUCCGUGA